AUGCACGCUCCGCGCUCACCGAAGCGGCCCGCUCCCGCCGACGACGCGGCCGACGGCUAUGUCAAGCUGAUCGGCGGCACGCCAUUCCCGGAGGCGCUGCAGGAGCAGCGCGAGGCGGGAGACUUUUGUGACGCGGUCAUCAUGGCUGGCGGACAGCGCUUCGUGGCCCACCGCGCGGUGCUGGCGGGCACGUCGCUUUACUUUCGCGGGAUGUACAAAUCGAUGAUGGCGGAUAGCCACGACGCGCACACACUGCCGGCCAUCUCGGCGGACUCGUUUGCCGCCAUGCUGAGCUGGAUGUACAAGGGCCGCUGCGUGCUCGGGUCGAACGACGAGCUGGUGCCCGUGCUCGAGGCGGCGAGCCUGCUGCAGGUGCACCCGCUGCGCGACACGGCGGCCGUCGCCAUCGCCAAGCGGCUGACGGCCGACAGCUGCGUGGGCGCGUGGGACCUCGCGGAGCGGCUCUCGCUCGAUGCGCUGCGCGACGAGGCGCGCACCGCGUGCCUGGCGUGCUGGCCGGAGCUGCGCGCCGCGCCCGAGAAGCUGGCGACGAUCAAGCUUGACCGCCUCGCCGACUUGCUGGGCGACGACUGCCUCAAGGUGCAGGAGGAGGCCGAGGUGCUCGACGCGAUCGACGCGUGGGUCAGCGCGCAGAAGCCGUCGGCGCCUUCGGAGGAGGCGGUCGCUCGGCUGGUCGCGCAGGUGCGAUUCCCGCUGCUGAGCGCGGAGCAGUGCACGCAGGCCGCCAGCCAGCCGUGCAUGCAGGGCGCCGCCGCGAUGAAAGCCGCGUUCCUGUCGCUGGCCACUCGCAAGGCAACGGAGCGGCAGCCUUGUUGGCUUCAGGAAGGUGGCGCGCCUGGGGAGUUCGUGUGGUCGAUCGCGCAAUUCUCCGCACUCGAGGAGCGGACGGAUUCGCCCAUCUUCGAGUACGCGGGCAUUCGCUGGUGCCUCCUAGUCUUCCCGAGAGGUAACAAGGCGGACUCCCUUGCGGUCUACCUCAAGGCCGUCGACGCGGCGACGAAGCCCUGCGCAGCCAGCUUUUGCUUCACCAUCCCAAGUGCCAAAUCGGACAAAUCGGUCACAAAGGAUAGCGAGCACAAGUUCGAGUCGGACAAGAUGGACUGGGGCUUCCGUGAGAUGAUUCUGCUUGCCGAGCUGCGUGACCCGGAGUGUGGCUACCUCGCUGAGGAUAAGCUCACCAUCUCGCUGAAGAUCCGCAACCCGAGGCUCCUCGACUCCGCGUAG